GCGCGCCCGGGGCUGGAGGGGGAGUCUCCGUUCCCGCCCCCGCGAGAAGAAGCGCAGGCUUGGAAGGGACCCACAAGGGUCAUCUAGUCCAACCCGCUCCUUCGGGCAGCAGGAGGAGGCAAGCGCAAGAGCAUCUGCCAUCCUGCACCGGGCAGCGGGUGCGGGAGAGAGUGCCUCUAGGCGUGUGCAAAGGGCCUUCGCGAGGCUGCUGGCUGGGCUGCUUUUCCCGGGGCAAACCUGGACAGCCUUGCCCAACCUGGCGCCCUCCACCUGCUUCAGAUUCCCAACUCCAGGCAGCCUGGCUGGCUGGUGGUCAGGGAUGCCGAUGGCGGCUGUUAGCCCACCUACCAGGAGGGCACCUGGCUCCCCACCCACUGGGCCAGGGGUGAUCAAGGGGUGGGUGAAAAGGCUCUGCACUCUGCACAUGCUCCGGAGCGGCCCUUCGCUGUGCCUUGGCUUUGUGGUUUUUUUCUGGGUUAAAGCGUUUGGCCUUUGCCCCGGGACUCCAAGUAGAGGGAAGCUGCCAGCUAACCCGGGGCAGGUGUUACCUGGGGCAGGAUUAACCUCUACUUAGGACAGACGGAACUUGGCAGAAGAACAAGGGCUUCCUUCUGACCUCUUGGAGGCUUCCGGAGAGCCAGGAUGGAUGAGCAAGACUCAGCUGGCCCAGAAGUAGGAAGAGGCCAUGCCAUCGAAACUGGGAGCAGUGGGGGGAUCUGGGGAAACUCUCUGCAGAAGAUCCUGGGUGAGGGGGACACCUUCAGCUCAGAAGCGCAGAGACAAAAGUUCAGGCAGUUCUGCUACCGGGAGGCUGAAGGACCCCGAGAAGUUUGCAGGCGCCUCUACUGCCUGGACUGUCAGUGGCUGAAGCCAGAAAGGCACACAAAAGCUGAGAUGCUGGACCUGGUGAUCUUGGAGCAGUUCCUGGCUGUCCUUCCACCGGAGAUGGAGAGCUGGGUGAGGGAAUGUGGAGCAGAGACCAGUUCCCAGGCGGUGGCCCUGGCCGAAGGAUUCCUCCUGAGUCAGGCAGAGGAGAGGAAGCAGGCAGAGCAGCAGGGGAAGAUUAUCUUUGCAGAAAUGGGCCCUGAUUCCUCUGAGGCAGAGAGGACUCCGUUGAACACCAGAGAGAGGCCACUGGGAUUUGGUAGCCCAUCUCCUUUGGACAGACAGGACUUGGCAGAAGACAAAAGGGAUUCCUUCCGAUCUCUUGGAGGCUUCAUGGAUGAGCCAGAUUCAACUGGCCCAGAAGCAGGAAGAGGCCAUGCCAUCCAAAACGGGGGAUUCUGGAAAACCUCAGUGCAGAAGAUCCUGGGUGGGGAGGACACCCCCAGCUCAGAUUUGCAGAGCCAGCAGUUCAGGCACUUCUGCUACCAGGAGACUGAAGGACCCCAAGAAGUUUGCAGAAGACUCUACCGCCUUUACCACCAGUGGCUGAAGCCAGAAAGGCACACGAAAGCCGAGAUGGUGGACCUGGUGGUCUUGGAGCAGUUCCUGGCUGUCCUUCCACCGGAGAUGGAGAGCUGGGUGCGGGAAUGUGGAGCGGAGACCAGUUCCCAGGCGGUGGCCCUGGCCGAAGGUUUCCUCCUGAGUCAGGCAGAGGAGAGGAAGCAGGGAAAGGAUUCAUCUGAGGUAGAGAGGACUCCAUUUGACGACAGAGAGAGGCCUUUGGGUGACAGGAGGAUGCCAGCAAGACCCCCAAGUCCGUCUUUUCAUGGCAGCAGAGAGGAAGCAGCGGCUGCAGAAACAGAUCAGGGUCCAGUGUGCUUUGAAGACGUAGCUGUCCAUUUCACAGACGAGGAGUGGGCGUUGCUGGAUCCUGACCAGAGAGCUCUGCAUGAGGAAGUCAUGGAGGAGCAUCAUGGUAUCCUGGAUUCUCUGGGUGGUGAUGAAUUAGAAAUUAAGAACGAGGAAGACGAUGUCAAAAUCCACACUAUGGAGAAGCCAUAUCAAUAUUCAGAGUGUGAAGUCAGCUUCAGUCAGAGCUCCGAUUCCACUUCACAUCAAAAUCUCAUUGAGAAUAAACCCUACCAGUGCUUUGAAUGUGGAAAGAGCUUCAGUCACAGCCACCAUCUCACCUCCCAUCAAAUAAUUCAUACUGGGGAGAAACCAUAUCACUGCUUGAAAUGUGGAAAGAGCUUCGGUCAGUGUGCCCACCUCGCUGCCCAUCAAAGAAUUCAUACAGGGGAGAAAUCGUAUCAGUGCCUGGAAUGUGGAAAGAGCUUCGGUCAGAGUUCCCAUCUCACUGCCCAUCAAAGAGUUCAUACAGGGGAGAAACCGUAUCAGUGCCAGGAAUGUGGAAAGAGCUUCAGUCACAGCACCCACCUCACUGCCCAUCAUAUCAUUCAUACAGGGGAGAAACCGUAUCAGUGCUUGGUAUGUGGAAAGAGCUUCAGUCAAAGCGGCCAUCUCACGGCCCAUCAAAGAAUUCAUACUGGGGAGAAGCCAUUUCAGUGCAUGGAAUGUGGAAAGAACUUUGGUCAGAAGGCCCAUCUUCUUUCCCAUCAAAGAAUUCAUACAGGGGGGAAACCCUAUCAGUGCGUGGAAUGUGGAAAGAGCUUCGGUCAGAGGUCCAAUCUCGCUGCCCAUCAGAUAAUCCAUACAGGGGAGAAACCAUACAAGUGCUUGGAAUGUGGAAAGAGCUUCAAUCGCAGCGCCACUCUCUCUGACCAUCAAAGAACUCACAGCAGGGAAGAAUUGUACAAAUGCUUGGAAUGUGGAAGGACCUUCACCUGGAAGCAAAGUCUCAUUACCCAUCAAAGAAUUCAUACCGGAGAGAAACCGUAUCAGUGCUUGGAAUGUGGAAAGAGCUUCAGUCACAGCACCGGCCUGUCUUUCCAUCAAAGAAUUCAUACAGGGGAGAAACCCUAUCAGUGCUCGGUUUGUGAAAAGAGCUUCAGUCAGAGCAGCCAUCUCACUUCCCAUCGAAGAAUUCAUACAGGGGGGAGACCCUAUCAGUGCUCGGUUUGUGAAAAGAGCUUCAGUCAGAGCAGCCAACUCACUUCCCAUCAAAGAAUUCAUACAGGGGAGAAGCCCUAUCAGUGUUUGGAAUGUGGAAAGAGCUUCAACCGUAGUCACCACCUUGCUUGCCAUCAAACCAUUCAUACCGGAGAGAAGCCAUAUCAGUGCUUUGAAUGUGGAAAGAGCUUUAAUACGAGCACAGGCUUCAAUAGUCAUCAACGUAUUCAUGGUGGGGAGAAACCAUUUCAGUGCCAAGAGUGUGGAAAGAGAUUCACGUGGAAGCAAAGUCUCAUGGCCCAUCAGAAAAUUCAUACAGGGGAGAAACCGUAUCAGUGCUUGGAAUGUGGAAAGAGCUUCCGUCGGAAGUCUCAUCUCACCGCUCAUCAGAUAACUCACAACAGGGAGAAGACCAACGAUGGCUGUGUGGGAAAUUAAUUCUAAGAAACUUUAAUUAGUAUGCAGUUGAGGAUGUUUUUGUCCUUCGGCAACCCAGAAAAGAAGUCAACCUUGUCUCUCAACGCCAUGGCGUCCACAGUCAGUGCCAAUAUUUCUUCAUACUAUGUACGCCAGGUGCAAGUCAUUGGCAAAGGUGCUGAAUAGCUUUUUCUUUUCUUUUUAAAAUGUAUUUAUUAAAGAUUUUUCCAAACAAACAAAACACAAAAAAGAAAUACAAAACACACAAAAUACAAAAUACAAAAAAUACAAAACUGCAAAAACAAAAAUUAUUACUUAUGACCCUUAUUUCUAAUCUAUUGACUUCCUCUUUCCACCUCCUACUGCGGUUCUUUGCAUGUCAUACUUAGUAAAUUCUAAAUCUUAUAUAAGCUCUAAUUAUUACUUCAAUAUUACCUUAUUGCUAUAUCUUUUAUAUCUUAUCCUUAUAAACUCAUUCUAUAUCUUACUUCUUAAUUAAUUUAUCCUUAUCUUCUAUCAAUACUUAUUUCACUGAGUAGCUUUUUCAUGACAGUGGGAGGAGGGUCAAUAGCAAUUUGGCAACAGUGAUGAGGUUGCUAUUAAUGCUUAGUUUUCCUUGGAAGAGGUUGACAAGCAAUUCACAUACUUCCACUUCAAAAGCCUCCAAGUUGCAAAUUGGCAAAGGUGCUCCUUGUUUUCUCUUGCUCCACAGGGUUGGGCCCAAAGUAAUGGCUUCAAGAUAGAAGAAAGGAGAUUCUAACACCAGGAAGAACUUUCUUGUAACUCGAAGCCAACUUGAGUCCUCCCCUCCAGAGCAGGAAAAAACAAGGUUGUUCCCUCUUCUAUGAGAUAGCCCUGUAGAUAUUUGAAGAUGGCUAUCAUAUCUACUCUAGGUCUCCUCUUUUCCAGGCUAAACAUACCUAGCUCCUUCAACCGCUCCUCAUAAGGCUUGUUUUCCAGACCCCUGAUCCUUGGUCGCCCUCCUCUGGACAUGUUCUAGCUUGUCAACAUCCUUCUUAAAUUGUGGUGCCCAGAAUUGGACACAAUAUUCCAGGUGUGGUCUGACCAAGGCAGAAUAGGGUGGGGCUUCCCUUGAUCUGGACAGUAGAGCUCUAUUGAUGCAGUCUAGAAUAGUGUCAACCUUUGGUGCUGCUGUAUCACACUGUUGACUCACGUUAAGCUUGUAGUUCACCAAGACCCCUGGAUCCUGUAGUGCUUGCAAGCCAGGUGUCUCCCAUCUUAUAUUUGUGCAUCUGGUUCUUCCUGCCGAAGCGCAGAACCUGAGAUUUGUCCCUCUUGAAAUUCAUUUGGUUAGCUUGGUCCCAAUUUUCCAACCUGUUAAGGUCAUUUUGAAUCCCAGCGCUGUCUUCUGUGGCAUCAGCUAUCAUUCGCAGUUUGGUGUCAUCGGCAAAUUUCAUAAGCAUCCCCUCAAUUCCUUCAUCCAAGUGAUUUAAAAAGACAUUGAACAACAACAGGCCCGGGACAGAAGCCUGUGUUACCCCACUUGUCACUCUUUUCCAGGAUGAUGAACCAUUAGCGAGAACUCUGUGGAUUUGGUCAGUCAACCAGCUACAAAUCCACCUAACAGUUCCCUCGUUCAACCCACAUUUUACCAGUUCCCUCGCAAGAAUAUCAUGGGGGACUUUGUUGAAAACCUUCCUGAAAUCAAGAUACACUAUUCCCCUGAUCCGCCAAGCUUGUAACACUUUAUCAAAAAGAAAAGAAAAGAAAAUAUUCAUCUGGCUUGACUUAUUUUUUGAGAAAGCCAUGGUGGGUCUUAAUAAUUACACCAUCCUUUUCUAAGUGUUCAAAGACUGAAUGUUUAAUUGCGUUUUCCAGGGCCUUUCUUAGCAUCUAUGUCAAGCUCCCCGGUCUGAGCUUUUGCCUGCCUGACCUUCACCCUUGAACUGCUGGCUACUCAUCUAUACUCCUCCUUUGUGAUUUCCCCUUUAUUCCAUUUCUGAUGCAUGCUCUUCUUAAAUAUCAGCUCACCUGUAAGCUCCUUAUGCAAUCACACCAGCCUCCUGAGAUGCCUCCCGCUUUUCUUUCUUGUUGGAAUUGUCUGCCUUUGGGCCUUCAAUAUUUCUCCUUUUAGAAACUCCCGUCCAUCGGGGACACCCUUCCCUGAAUAUUUCUGACAAUGGGAUCUCACCCAGUAUCCUUAAGCUUUUUGAAGUCCAGAGUGCACGGAUUACUGCAAUGCGCUCUACGUGGGGCUACCUUUGAAGUUGACCCGGAAACUACAACUAAUCCAGAACGCAGAAGCCAGAUUGGUGACUGGGAGCGGCCGCUGAGACAAGGGUCGUGAAAGACCUACAUUGGCUCCCAGUACAUUUCUGGGCACAAUUCAAAGUGUUGGUGCUGACCUUGAAAGCCCUACACGGCCUUGGCCCAGUAUACCUGAAGGAGCGUCUCCACCCCCAACGUUCUGCCCGGGCACUGAGGUCCAGCGCCGAGGGCCUUCUGACAGCUCCCUCCCUGAGAGAAGUGAGGUUACAGGGAACCAGGCAGAGGGCCUUAUCGGUGGUGGCACCCGCCCUGUGGAACGCCCUCCCAGCAGAUAUUAAGGAGAUAAAGAACUACAGAACUUUUAAAAGACAUCUGAAGGCAGUCCUGUUUAGGGAAUUUUUAAAUGUUUGAUGUUUUAUUGCUUUUUAUUAAUAUUCUGUUGGGAGCUGCCCAGAGUGGCUGGGGAAACCUAGACAGAUGGGCGGGGUAUAAAAAAUGAUGAUGAUGAUGAUGUCUGACUACACUCAGCUUUCCCUUGCCUCUAUCAUGAAACCCAGGGGAUGAUCACUUCCUCCCAAGUUUCCCAGUACUUUGAUUUCAUCAAUCAGUUUCUCGCUCUUGGUGAGGAACAGGUCCAAGAAAGAUUACCCCCUUGUUGCUUCUUCCACCUUCUGAGAAAUGACAUUGUCAGCAAGGCAAUAGAGGAAUUUGUCAGACCUUCCAUUCAUGGCCGAGUUUGAAUUCCAACAGAUGUUGGGGUGGUUGAAGUCUACUGUAUCUUUUUCAUAUGUGUGGUAAUCUUCUAUUGAAAGGCAUCAUCCAAGUCUUCAGUCUGGCUUGGAGAUUUAUAGGAGACCCUCACAGUAAGGUGGUUUCUCUCUCCUACAAUUUUUACCCAUUUCACAAGGCCGAUAGGGAAAUGCCGAGUCUCCACAGGUCAGGAAAAGGCUGGAGGCUAGGAAUGCAAUUGACUUUGAUUCACAGAAAGUAACUGUAAGAGAGAGGGCUUGCAGAGAGCAGCCCACUCUGCUUACUUCCAUCAGAUGGGAGAGCAGCAGCAAGUCUGGGAGUUUAAAUCAGGAACAGGAAGGGUUAAGACGGGUCCAGGGCUCUGCAGAGUCCUGGUGGCUCAGCUCCAGGCUGGUAGCAGGGAAGCAGGGGAGGAGCUAGCUUCAGCAGGGGCUGGAAAGGAGGUAGACCGGCACCUCAGGAGCCUGGUUUGGGACCACGGAGGACCCAUAGAGCAAGGAGGAGGGGCGUUUGGAUGCCGAGUCUUAAAAAGGGGGUCAGAGCCCACGAGACGCCAUUGUGGGCUUCUGCCCCAUGCAGAGCAGACAUGAUUUGAGACAUCUCACCACUGUAUAUAGCAUGCACAAUAAAACUAUGAAAAUCCA